AUGGCGGCCUUGACUAUUACUCUUCAAAACCAAAUCUCUGGUCUCAACCACCAAGGAGCCAUUGCCUUGGCGUGUGGCAAUGAAAAGGAAGCACACAGAUCAUUCAAGGGCGCGUUGGAAAUGCUUGGUUUCCUCUCGAACAAUCUCGAGAUCGCGGAGGCCGACGGAGGCGCGUUACACCCGGCAUUGGUUUCCUCCGUACCAUCUCCUGGAGUCGCUGACGAGCGCUUCUUUGUCUUUGGAGAGGCACUGUUGUUUCAAUUUGGCGAUGGUGAGGUGCCGAGUCUCCAAGACGUCUGUUUCUGCAGCUGCCUCUCCCUCUUCAACAUGGCGUUGACGUACCACAGGAAGGCGAUGCUAACGGGCACCCGUCAGCUCUUUCUCACAGCGUCCAGAAUCUACGAGCAAGCUUUGAGUGUCGCAGAUGGUCUGCCCGAAGAAAGUGCCAAUGUUGGUUGCGUCCAGGUCCUCAUCCGCAACAACUUGGCGCACAUUUUCUACUACGAGCUCGAUUGCUUUGAGGAAUCGCUCCAACAUCUCGAGAGGAUCAAGGCGUCGAUUCAAGUCUUUGAAAAUGGAUUGUUCCGCAUGGACAGUCCCUCCAAGGACGAAAUCCUUUUGAACCUUUUGCUAACCAAGCCCCCCAUGACGGCAAGAUGCGCCUGA